ACUGUUUCAGAGCUGCUGCUGCUGAUGCCGAUGUUAUCCAUCCACGGUAAGGGAAGACGCCUGAUUUGAAACCCUCCCGAUUACGGACACCUCUUGACAGGCACUUGAAGGACCAAAUGGAUAAUGCAUUGUCUAAAAAUGGAGGAUUAUCUGUUUUUUGUUCGACAUUUUUCAUCUAAUCCGAGCUAAACACGAAGCACAGGUGGACGUCUCGUUUCUGGACCGCUGGCCUGGGGAAUCUUGAGGAAAAACACCGAGAAGAAAAAGCAGCAGAAACCUGUCUGUUUAUCAAUGUGUUCGGGACAAGUUAAAAUAUUCUGUGUUGCCUGUGAAGGGGACACAUGUUUGCCGAGAGCGUACGUGGUUUUAUCUCCAGAUAAAUCAGUGUUUUUCUGUACUCCGCUUUCCACAGAAGGAUGCUGCUGCCGCUGUUAGCCUGGUUUAGCUUAGCCAGCUAGCCGCCAGCGUUAGCGCUCAAAUCCCUAAACUAAUCUACAGAUUUACAGUCUGUCGCCCACAGAGCCGGCUAAUGACGCUUAUAAAUACAGCCAGUUAUCCGCGGGCUCCUUCACAUGAGAUAUAUACUGUCAAAGCCUUUGGGAGACGUGGUUUUAACGGUUAUUCAGGGUACCAGAUCUGAGGACAGGUUAGCGAACGUUAGCUAGCUAACGUGACUAAGGUGGGUUAUUGCACAGUAAUAAUGUAAUAAUACUUCUUAUAUUCAAACUGUCAGUCUUAAUAUGCCACUCAAAAUUGGUACUUUUCGUUUAUAGUAGAAACCCUGGAACGCCGACUUGGUCUGAUGAUUUUCUCCUUCCUUUUUUCCUGUGUGAAUUCUGUGUGUGGAGUGACAGUCACGUUAUUUAGGCGGUUGGAAUAGAUGGUUUAAUUAUCACAGUGACGUAAUUAUUUUCGGGUGGGUGUGAAAGCCUGUAUACACUCAUGACGAUAUUUAAGAGAGUCAUAUUGGUGUAGAUCACACCCCUGACAUGUCCCCAAAACAAAUGGCAUGAAUUUCCAUGACCAGUGUUGGCUAUUUGUUUCCCUUUCUGAACAGAGAAGUCAGUGUUUACAUACAGUCUGUUAACCACAGUUAACACAGAAUCUUCUUUCACCGUUUUGUGGUUAUAACGUUCUAAAAAUGGUCCUUUAUUUUUGAUUAUUUUGUAAUGAUAACAUUUCUGCUGUGUUAUAUUAGGUUUAACUGUGAAACAGGUAACCCUGUUACUUUGUUGUCUAAUCCUAUUUUAUGAUUUUGGGAUUGUGUUGUGGAUCAGGUCGCUUUAAAAAGGCUAAAGUGGAGAGGAUUAGAUGUGUUUGCACACUGGAUGAGGAAGCAUUGCCAAAAAAGGCCCCUACUGUUUGGCGGUGCAGCUUUGCAUGUCAUAUAAAUGAACUCACUCCAACUGUAAUGAAACAAACGUUGUCGCUCUCAUGGAGUGAGACAGUUUUAGUCUUUUAUGCGAGGUAUGCAUGGAUCUCAGAGAUAAUGUUCCUGCUGGCGGACUAGCUGUAAGAGGAAGCAAAUUGACUUUGAACUACAAACAUUAUUGUUCAAUGGAAAAUUAAAAAAGGAGAUCUCUGUGGAGAAUUUCAACAUCACGGGAGAGGAACAGGGCUCCUAAAUGGAGCAGGUUCUCUCCAGCCCGCGUGGUCAUUCCGACUGGGAAUCAGACCAAAAUUCUCUUGGAUUUUUGCUCCUGGAUAUGGAUAGCGAUGUAGUUACUGGCAGCCCUAAAAAUGCAGAGAGACAUCAGAGGGGGGAGCCAGGCAUAGUCUCUUUAAGCUUUGAUGAAAUUUUCCAGGAGAAUGGCUUCAAUUUAGAUGAGCUUUUUCGGGCAUCCCGGUAUUCUGGAUUAGAGCAGACCUAUUCCUGGGAACGGAGUUCAGAAUGUGUUUCUCCAGAAUGGGAUAAACAGCCUCCUCACCCCCAGGAACUAGCUGUGGAGGGUUGCUGUGAUGCAUCUGGAGAUGUGGACACUGGAGAUCUCAUCAGUUUCAGUUCCUCUGCCCCCAGCCCUACACACAUUAGCACAUCUAUGCAGGCAACAAGGCAGGGCUCACCUAUGCAGGAUAUGGACCUCCUGCAGCCCAUUUCAGUGGCUGACCCAGGUUGCCCUUUAGAUUUAUUCAUAGGGCAACUUCCUUUAGAACCUUUGCUGAAUAAGACACUUUCUCAGUCCAUUCCCCUUCCAAGGACUACAGUAGUUGAGAACAAUCUGGGCUCACCUUCCCAGAUGAGUGGUCAGGACCAGGAUCUCCCUCAGAGCAUACCUGAGCAGGUAGGAGACCCCCUUUGUGUCGACUUUACAGAUGUGCUGGAUCUGGCUGAGGCUUUCUCUGUGAUGGAAGGCUCAGGUAGGACUACAUCUUGGAAAUCUGAGCUUUCACCGUUAUGUCUGGCUCCCUUGCCUCUCGUUUGCCCCUCCUCUUCCUUACCUUCCUGUUUUUACCCUGACCCACCAGAUAGACCCGCUUCCCCAACAUUGUGUCUAGGAUCACAUGUCCAGCAAUGUAACGGGAGCCGUGCCCUCCCCUUGGUGGCUGAUGCAGAGCAUGCAGGGAUGUCUCCAGAACAAGAGUCUGAUACAUCUUCAGCUAUUGAUAUAAUAACUGACUCCACACUUGAGAUUCAGGCUGAGGCGCACACACCUGUAGAUCUGCUCGAGUCAGAUGCACAAUCUGUAAAUGAAAGAAGUACAUCAGAUUUAGUGACGCUGCUUGAGUCCAUGUCGCCUGGCCCAACUGCAUAUAGUCUAAUCGAGGAAAGCUCACCUGACCUCUGUGCCAAGAGUCCUUGUGAGAAAGAUGAGACUCUGGAGAUGGAAGAAGAGGUGCAGAAGAAAGACAUCUUACCUGAUGCGGUACCUAAGGACACUCCAGUACAUGACCUUGAAUCGGUACUCACUUUAGCUGUUCUCUUGGCUUCACCUGAACCAGAGAGAGCAGGUCCAGUGGAGUCCACAUCCACCUCAUGGGACUUAAUACCUGAGAACAGCAGGGUGACUGAGGAUCUCUGUGUGAAUAUGCACAUGCCCGAGACAGAGACUCUGGAGACUCCAUGCCACUUAGAUGUAGACUCUGACCUUUCCAUAUUGUGUGACACCAUACCUUCAACACCACCUGCUGAUGACAUCCAGAACUCUGAACCAUUUGCCUCUGAGAAAGAGACACAUUUAGACUCUUCUGAUGCCUCUGAGAUUCAGUCACAUUCUGACUGUUCCUCUGCUUUGGAGACAAGAACACUUUCCAUAUCAUGUGUUUUUCACUCUGCACUGGAUAUCUCACCUGAGGCAAUCAUGGAGCUAACACCUGUGACUGAAUCAAUCUCACCUGACUCUGAAACCCAACCAAACAACUCACAUUCCAACAUGGAUAACUUUCUUGAGGACACAGAGGACAAACAGACAAUCAACACAUGCUCAGAAGACUUAAUAUGUGAAGUCCCACAGAGUCUAUAUGCUGUGGAUACACACCCUCUCACUCCUUUUCUGCAUGCUCAGGAGGCAAUUGCUCAGCUGAGUCAGUCAGAUAACACCUUAGUAAACUCUAAACCUCAGCAUUGCUGUCAUGACCAAGGUAGCAGUGCAAUGGACAGCAACCAGGUACUAAAAAUACAACAGGCGUCUGAGGACCUUUCCAUCAGUGACAAUAACUGUGAGCACACAUACAUGCAAGAGGCUACACCUGAAGAAUUUGUAUUUCAGACAGAGCUAAAUGAGACAGGAUGUGUUCAGAGCCUCACAGCUGAGAAUCACAUGUUUGAUAAUGACAAUCAGAACAUCCUCACACUGACUGCCUCGUCUGGGGAGAACAGUGUGGAUACAUGCAUGGUAAAUUCAACUGUCCUCAUGGAAAACUUGCCUUCAGAUUCAGCGUUACCUGCACCAGGUAGCCUGAAAUGUGAAGUGAUGUGUGUGCAGGAGGAAGAAAGAGAGGACAGAGAUAAUGAUCAGGAUCAGGUGACCCAUUCCUCUGAGAGUGUUCCCAGUCUUGACUCCAUGCCUCUCUCAGGUGCAGAUUGUCAGCUGACCCAGGUGGGUGUGGUUGUGGAGCAGGAGAGGAGAGGGGCCACAUUAGACUCAGCUGAUGUGAGUGCAGAGAGAGAAACUGAUCUACCUGUCCAGUGCACACAGGUAGACUUGCCUCAGGUAUCAUACACACUGCCAAACCCAUCUCAGAUAGCAGAGUCACAGGUAGAGUCUCUCCUGCUGCUCAGAGAUGAGUCUCCCAGCGGAGUCUGCCCGCCAGAAGAAACAUGCAUGGCUCUGAUGGAGGAGAAUAUCGAUGUUCCUGACAUUCCCAGUCAUGCUGAAAUGGCUUUGGACUUGUGUGUGAGCUCAGAUGCACCCCAGGAUGGGAGUGUUGCUGACAGUGCAGUCCCUACAGCAGCCCCUCAAGAUGAGGAUCAUUCUGCGUUGCGGGCUGUUUUUCAAGCUCUCGAUCAGGAUGGAGACGGAUUCGUCCGCAUCGAGGAGUUUAUGGAGUUCGCCACAGCAUAUGGAGCAGAACAGGUAAAGGAUCUGACGCGGUUUCUGGACCCAAGUGGCCUGGGUGUCAUCAGCUUUGAGGAUUUCCACAGAGGCAUCACUGCCAUCAGCAACGGAGGUUCUGAUCCAGAUCUUUACAGGUUGCAGCUCAGUUCAGCAGACGCCAAUGGAGCAGCAGAGGAAUAUGAUGAGCAGGCGGAGGUGUCAGACAGUGCAUAUCUGGGCUCGGAGAGUGCAUACAGCGAGUGUGAGACGUUUACAGACGAGGACACUGGAGCGCUCGUUCAUCCUGAGCUACACGAGGAUGUGGAGACGGACAGCGGCAUUGAAAACACACUAACAGAGGCCGAGGACCGGAACAGGUUCUCUCUUGGCUCCGAUUUGCAUGGCCAUGCCCUGGUAGCCGUGAUUGGUGGAGAGGAGGAGCACUUUGAAGACUUUGGGGAGAGUAACUCCACCUCUGACCUGCUGCUGGCCAAUCAGGAGGAGGGAAGGGCAGCCCCUGAGGGUGAGGGAGAUCCAGAGACACACCCACACCCGGGAAGCCCAAUGCAUCGUCCACCAAUGCUGCUGUCACCCAGUUCUGAUCCUUUCCCCACUAGUUUCCAGAGUUUUCUGCAGUCUGAAUCUCUGGAGUUCUUCUGCACUCACUGUCACAAACAGAUCAGCCGUCUUGAGGAUCUGUCCACUCGUCUGCACUUGCUAGAAAUGAAUAGCUCCAGCAAGAGGCUGUCCAGUAAGAAGGCAGCAAGGCAUUUGCUACAGCCUAGUGGUUUGGAUGGCAUGAGUGAUUUGAGCCGAGACAUCCUGGACCUUGCCGACAGUGACAUCACCGAUAAGGUGCUGCUGCUUGAGCGGCGCGUGUGUGAGCUGGAGAAGGACUCUGUGGCGAGUGAGGAGCAGCAUGCGCGUCUGCGUCAGGAGAAUCUCACACUGGUGCACCGUGCAAAUGCCCUGGAGGAACAGCUCAAAGAGCAGGAGCUCCAUGCUGAGGAGAACCUGCAGACUCUUGCCCGCAGACAUCGAGACACACUCAAUAAACUGCAGCGAGAAAGAGACCUGGAGAUCGAGAACCUGCAGGCGAGGCUACAUCAGUUGGAUGAGGAGAACAGUGAAUUAAGGUCAUGUGUUCCCUGCCUAAGGGCCAAUAUCGAAAGACUGGAAGAGGAGAAGAGGAAGCUACAGGACGAAGUGGAGGAUGUGACUGACAGGUUGAAUGAAGAAACUGAGUCUCGCAGGAAAAUGUCUGACAAGCUAAGUCAUGAGCGCCACAGCAACCAGAAAGAAAAAGAAAGCACGCAGGAGCUGAUUGAGGACUUACGGAAGCAGCUGGAGCACCUACAGCUCUUUAAGUUGGAGACGGAAGCUCGACGUGGACGCUUACCUGGUGCCGGCCUGCAGGAGUACAACACACACAUGAGAGAGAAUGAGCUGGAGCAGGAGAUACGCAGACUCAAACAGGAUAACCGCAGUCUGAAGGAACAGAAUGAUGAGUUGAAUGGGCAGAUUAUUAAUCUCAGUAUUCAGGGAGCUAAAAGCCUCUUCACUGAGUCCCUGUCUGAGUCUCUGGCAUCUGAAAUCAACAACGUCUCACGUGUAGAGCUGAUGGAGGCCAUCCAGAAACAGGAGGAAAUUAACUACCGCUUGCAGGACUACAUCGACCGCAUCAUCGUGGCCAUCAUGGAGUCCAACCCUUCUAUUCUAGAGGUCAAGUAAUCACCAUGACAACAGCCUGUGCUGGAUGGACGCUGGACUGGAUCUGGCGGCCACACUGGACCCAAUACACACCUUCUAGCUCAAAGUGGAUUUCAAUUUCUGCUUCACAGCUGCUUUUCCGUUCUCUGCUACAAGACAAGAUUCAGCGCUUCUGUUCAGGCACCAUUAAUGCGCGUGUCCAAGGAGUAAAGUACUGUUCUGUGGAGUUGUGUGUGUGCAGGCAAGGAUGAUUUGCAUGGCUGUUGGUUCCUGUGAAUCCCCUGUGUUGUGGGACUGAGGGGCCCAGUCCCUCUCUGUGUGUGAAUAUGGGUUUGAGUGUGCAUGUGUGUGUGGCAGGUCCUCAGUAAAACACGUAGGAACCGCACGCUCAUACAUAUAUAUUACUACAUUUUACUUUAGGGCAGUGUUAAUAAGUCUACAUAAGCCUUUUGUGACAACUGAUGAAGACCUACCAUUUGUCAUGAUGGUUGCAUUUGACAACUUUGAUUUCAAGUUGACAUAACAUCUAUAUCAGGUGCCAAUAUUUUUUGGACAUUAGGUUGUUAUGACACUUUCUGGGGUAAAUUGACAGGCUUUGCAGCUCAGUAUGUGUGACAGUGACAUUGUUGAUGGCAACAUCAGAGUGGUUGAACAAAGGUAAGCAUUUUCUGUGGACAUUAAGUAAAUGAAUGAAGUUUUUCUAUUCUAUAAGACAGGGUAUUUGUUUAAAAUUCAGUAAGGUCCAGUUAGAGAAAAUUUCCUCAAGCAAAGGUCCGGAACCUCAUAAUGUCGAACUUUCAUCAGGAUUCAGUGCCAUAUACUGUUCACUGAAGUAGCCUAGUAGGUAUAUCAACAUCUUAUAUAGUCAGCAACUGAAUGUCAAAUCAAAUAAAGUACAAUUGAGUAAUAUUUCAACAAUAAUUAUUCUAAGUUUUCUCUUUUUAGAGCAGCCGUGUGAAAUAACUUCUCUGACUCACUUUCUCCUCUGACACCUUGUCCCUCCGCUGUGCCUCACUCACUCCAGUCUCAUUGCUCAUCGUAAUGCACAGAUCUGAAUGGACUGUGUAGCGUCACCUGUGAUAUUUGCAGUGCACAUUGUAAAUGGGCUGCUAAAGUGGUACUGUAAAGGCUAGAAAAGCUAUAACAAUUAAAAUAGUAAAACCCAGUCGAUAUUAAAUAAUUCUCUAUAGUUUAUUGUUUAUAGGUCCAGGACUGCAUAGGACAGGGUCUGGGUCCGGACUUGGAUCGUGCUCCGUCUAUUAGUGACCUCUGCUAUAAGAUUUGAGAUGUCACAUCAUCAGCAUGAUGUUACUGCAUGAGCAGGUUCAGAGGUGUGACCACAUGGGUACUGAAAAUCUGAAAAAAGUGCCCCUCUGCUUUCACUUCGCCACAUAUAAGUAAUUAAUGUGCUUUUUUGUGAAAUUGGUUGCUCUGCGGAUUUUUACAGUUUGAUCCCUGCUGUCGACAAGAAGAGUUCUGAAGGAGAACCAUCUUACCCAGCAGCAGAUCAUGGCUGUUUAUAUACACACAGAGUAGUUUUAGACAAGUGACAUGAAAAAGUUUCAUUUUUAUGUUUCUUGACAACUAUGUUAAACAUGUUUGUUGUCAUUGCUUGCAGUCAUGACUUGCAGCUACAAAUAUGUUUUUUGUGUAGUAUUGAAGUAGAACAUGUUGAUUUCUGUGAAUUGUCCACAGAGAACUAAAUGAGAAAUUAAAUAAGUGGUAGUUAUUUGGAUCCAAGUGCCUUGUGCAGUCAUUAUAGGCCAAUAGAUUAUAGGCCGAUAGAACACAAAUGAUGGCCGUAGUUUUUAUAAUGGCCUCUAUUUACAAUAAUUGUUGAGGAAAAGGCAAAAGCAGACGUCUGCCAAAAUUUCAUAUGCACACAGGCCUUUUGACCUUUUCAGCAAUUACUUCUUUCGUUGCAUUUUAUUCCCAGAGUGCACUGUUUUCAUGUUAAAAUCACUGACAUUUUCCCUGGUGGACCAGGCCUCCCAACCCCCCCAACCCCCCCACAUGGCUGUCUAAAUAUAGUAGGCUUGAAAUGAUUAGCCUUGUGAUUAAAUAUUUUUCAUGUCGGCUACUGAAUGUAAAACACACAAUAAUAUACAGAAUGAGCCAUGUCAGAAGUGUAGUUAGCGCUUAAUUUAAAUAUUGGCAGAUAAUUAUGGAGCUCUUUGAACUGAAGCCAUUUAAUUUGGCCCCUGAACAGAAGCUGUGACCUAAUUAUGGACCUGCCUUAAAAAAUAGUCCUUGAAUCGUGUCUGUUGUUGUGAUUUACAGUGUGCAAUCCUAAUGUCACAAAAAGAAUCAGUCACUUGACAUAUAUGUUAUAUAAAUAUAACAUCAAAGUUAGAUAUACACUACACAUGUACAAAUGCUAUGAAGUUAGUUGUUAUGUAAUGCUGUCACUUCACCUUUGCGUUAUGUCAACGAUACAAAAACAGCCUUUAUGGCAGAAGACGCUUAUUAGAAUAAACCAUUAAAAAUGUCCUAUGAGCUUAUGUAAGUGUCAUGUAGCCUUAUGAAUGCUGCCCUUCAAUGAAGUAUUAUGAUAACAUCAUACUUUCUAUCCAUAUUUUUCAUACACAUGCAUAUAAAGCUGUUAUUUUGCAGUGUCUUGGUUUGAAUCCCAGUAUAGCUCCAUGAGUACACCCAUGUGAGGGACACUGUGUGACCUGAGGGUGUGUGACUGUACGUGUGGGUAUAUGUGUCUUCACAUAUUGUUGAUGUCAAUACAAAAUGACCUCUGUUGUUGUUUGCUGACAUUGUUAAGUAGCUUUAAAGAAUGUCCUGUGUGUUCAUGAUUGUUUAGUUGUAGAUUUCUGUUUUAUUUUGUCUCGUUUAUUUAUUACGAUGAAGCAGAAUGCAUGGGCUCGAAACACACCACAGAUCACCUGAAUCCUCCUGCCUGAAAACAGCUGCUUGUAACCAACAGAACAGCAGCUAGUUGUAUGCUGACUGGGCACAUGGUGGUGCACUGUGGGAAGUGUAGUUCUAUGCCCUGAUGCAAUUCUCCUGCUGAGUGAGAGAAGCUUGAUGCAAAGGAGUGCCUCCUGUGGCCUGGAUUAGAGUGAGAGACUUUCUUUUCCUGUACAGAAAAAAAAAAUUGAUUAGUUUGAAUGAAAAAUGAGAGGAUAUAUAUUUCUUCUAAUACAUGCUAAAAUAAUCUCGAGACUGAAGAAAGCAAUUGCACUCUUGAAGGAACUUUACGUUGCUUGGACACCUUGUGAAAAGUGGGACGUUUUGGCUGAAUUUUGCUGAAGCAGGAAGAGCCAUUUGCUGUUAUUAAUUAUUAAAGAAUGAAUAAUCAGACGAAGUGAUGGAGAGAGAGAUGUUGCUUUGAAGGACUUGAGCAGAUGGAGAGGGAGAAUUGUUUUUCGUCUCUCUGCAGCCUCUCGGAAAAUGGAGAGAAGCUCAAACUGACUACUGAGACUGUGUACACACCCUCCCUUCUCUUUGAAUGUAAAUAAUGAUCUGUAAAAUGGUUUUCCAUUCUAUCUCUCAGUUUCACAGUUUCUCACAGUAGGUAUUUUUAUAGACACAGGGAAAGAAGAUUAGUUUAAUUUUGUCUUCCACCCUCUCACAUGUUCUUCUCAGCCGUGUCACGUGCAUGUGUGUGUGUGUAUGCGUGUAAAUCUUUCUGGCAGAGCUGACACAGGCUUGGAGAUUUGGGCUUGUGUCAAGUGGCUAAGAGGGCUGAUCUAGGAUCAGUUCAGGACCAGAUGCCUUUCAUAUCAGAGUGAAUGUAAUUAGAUGGACAGGCACGAGCUGAGUCUAGGUCAGGGGUUCCCAAACUUCUCAGCAAAACGGGCGUGGUGGUGGAGCAUUGGUGGGUGUGUGGCGCGUGGUUUUAGCUUGCUUUGCAGUAAAGCUAGGCCUCCAAUUCAAGCCAUCAGUGUCACAGAUCAGUCCAAUCAUGAGGAAAAACCCACCUCUACAAUAAGGCAAACUUCUGUUGGCAUCCCUGUGAAUUCUAGUAGUUCAUUAGGACUAAGCCAACAGCAGUUUGCAUCAACAUUUUGGUUCUAGAUUUUCAGUUCUAGAUGAAACACAGAUGGAAGCUUCUAAAAGACAUUGUGUUCUAUUUGAAGCAUGUGAUAGACAUAUUAGCAUGUUUUACCUGGCAGAAGUUUCAUUGUCUCUUUCAGAAGCCUGGUAUAGACCUGCCAACAUGUUUCAUUUCUAACAACCCACUGUUUACUCUGCCACUCGUAUUCACAGUCAGUGACAUAUCUGGAACUUUAGAGUUUUUUCCACAUGAAAGUCGUCCCACCUAUUGAAAAUACAAAUGUAAUUGGGUGCUAUCUUUUGUUCAUUCUCUUUAGCUCUUAGAGUCCUAACCAAUAGGAGAGCGCGCUUAUCCAUCUAGAUGCCAUGGAGAAAAACAAUUGACCAAUGAUUGACUGUUGGACAUUUCAAGAAUCUAUUUAAUUCAUUUAGUUUUUAUCCAGAACUUAACAAUGAAAUGGUAGUAACGUUUCAUGUCACACCCCACCACCCUAUCUCCUUUUUAUGCUCUGUAUCACUCAGUAAUACCUGUGUUCCUCAAGAGGGUGUGGCCUUCUAGCUUAAAGCCAUAGCUGCGCAGAAGUCCAGCUCAGUUUCUCAGAGUUCUUUCCUACAGUCUGCUCUCAUACUACAACAUGUGCUGACGGCUAGCAAAAUAUAUUUCUGAUUACAUACAGCUUUUACAUUUUAAUGGCAUGAAUCGAGGUUUAAAUCAAAAGACAGUAUUAAUAAUGACGAUAUCAUUAAUAAAAAUCUGCUCACUGCUGCAUUAUUGCUGCCAGGAACUAAACAGCCUAGCAUCGGUCUGCAGCCUGGUGGUUGGGAACUUCUGUCCUAGGUUAUUAUGAGUGGCCUGAUGAUGUUGCCUGAGGUGCUGUGGGUCUGACCACACUGACUUUUUUUCAUUGCAUUUUUCUUGCUCCUUUUUGGAAACCUGCUCUACACAUUAGAAUUCAACACUGCAGCUCCCCCUGCCGUAAUAAAGUGAAGUGGUCCAGUCCUGUGCUUCAGGGUUUGGUGUAUAGUCCAUUCAGAGCUUUAAAGGGGGUGUUUCUGUUUUUUCCACUUUGCUAGUAUACAGACAGUGCUAAUAUACAGACAGCCUUCUCCUGCCUUUUAGAAGCUUGGGUCUGCUAACUAGUGUGUGUGAGUUCCUCAUUCUUUCUUUCCCUUUCUCCUCUCUCUCUUUCUCUUUGUCUCUCUAUCUCCGUCAGUCGUCUUUAAACGCUGCAGAAAGAGCGCCAGUAGCACUGAUCACACACUACUAUCAUUAACAUGUCUAACAGUAAAAGCUGACCUUUAAAAAAAGAAAAAAAUGUAUGAAAUUCUUUUUGUGAAUUCUCACUCACACUUUCAAAUGUCCAAAGAAAACAUUUCACUGCUGAGCAGGAGCUCCACUUGUCACUUAGAAAACGUGAAGAAUACUAAUUUUACUAUAUGAGUAAACAUUAAAAAAAAUCUUGUUGUAAUGAAGGAUAAAAUUGUAAAGUGAGGUUUAUUCUAAUUAUGAAGGAACAUGUAUAAAUUAAGAGAUCAGUAUUGUCCUCUGCUGUAAGUUUUUUUUUUUUUUUUUUCUCUUCUGAUUAUUUUGAAGAUGCCCCACAAGAUGUAUCUCUUACUGUAUGGGGGUCCUAUAGAUUUUCAAUUGUACAAAAGUAAAUUAAAAUAGACGCAAAUAAAUAAAAUGAACAUAUCUCCUA